AUGAGAGGAGAGCAUAUUCCAAAGAGCAAAGGAGGAAGAACCCCCCUCCUCACCUCACGCCAGCGCUCAUUGCUCAUCAGAGGCAUUGGCCAGCGCCUUUAUACUUCAGCUACCGAAGCUUCAGCAUACUGGCUACAACACUAUCAGGUUCGAUUGUCCAGGUACACCAUCACACGGGUUCUGAAGCGCGCCAAACUCAAGCUGAGGGUAAAACGAAAAAAACCUUUGCUCACCAAGAGGCAUAAACAGCGCAGGCUUGCCUUUGCCAGGCGGUACCAGUACUGGACUGUUGAACAGUGGAAGAACAUCAUCUGGAGUGAUGAAUGCAAGGUUCAACAGCUGGGAAAGGGCUUCAACCGGCGCUACUGGUCCAGGCAACCCAAUCUCAACAUGUAUAUGCCCAACAUGCAGGGUGGCGGCCAUUCCGUCAUGAUCUGGGGCUGUAUGACCUGGGCAGGCCUUGGUCUGAUGGUGGUUGUCAAUGGGAAGCUUAACUCAGAGUCCUACGUCAGCUUACUUGAAGAGGCGCUGCCUGGUAGCAUCCUGAAGUGGAAGCAAAAGCAAGCAUUGCCAAGUCGCGAUGUGAUGGUCUUUCAACAAGACAAUGCAAGCUGUCAUAGCUCUCGAGAGACGCAGGAAUACCUCAGAGAGGUUCAGUGGAAUGUCCUGCCCUGGCCUGCGCUGUCACCGGACCUCAAUCCUAUUGAACAUGUGUGGACAGAGCUGAAAAAGCGUCUCUCAUACCAGAGAUAUACCAUCAAGACUAGGGAAGAGCUCAAGACAGCGAUUGCUCGAAUCUGGGAGCAGAUUCCACAGGAAACAGUCCAAACUCUCAUUAGCUCAAUGCCCAGGCGCUUGGAGGCAGUCAGAAAGGCCAGGGGCGGACAUACAAAGUACUAA